AUGGCAUUCACUGACGUUCCCCAAUAUGAGGAAUAUAUCACUGUUAAAAAUCUACCAUUUUCAGUUGAUUCUAACAUUGUUGAAUCAGAUUAUCAGAUUGUGCUACCACCUCUUAUUAAUGACAAGUGUACAAUAUCACAAAGACAGCAUGAAUCCAGUAAUAUACUACAACGUUUAACUUCCCGUCGAAAAGAAAAACACAACAGCUGCUUGAGAAAAUGGCAUGAAACACUUUCUGAAAUUACUCAAGAUAUUGAAAAUCAAGUGAAAAUAUGUUGUGAAAAUACGGCUAACUUUUUAACUACUAGUUGGAAUAGACAAAAUCAAUUAUUAAAUACAAAUUUAUCUGAUGAACAUUUAUUGAAAUGGGAAAUAUCCGAUUUAGAGUGCAAGUGGAAUCAAGUGAAUAAUGAGCAUAGUCAACGUAGAAAUGAAAUUAGCAAUUUAGAAAAUCAAUUAUCUAUACUUGAAAUUAAACGUAUUGAUCAGAUUAAACAAGAAUUUCAUGAAUUAACCGAUUAUUUAAAUAAAUAUUCACAUUUAUCACCAAAUGAUUUACAAAUUGUUCUACAGAAAGAAAUAUUUACAAUUGAUAUUGAAUUGUUGGAAAAUCGUCGUGAAUUAGCUAAUCUGUUUAAAAAUCUUCAUCUUGCUGAAUUAAUGCAUCAUCGUUUGAGUAAUCUCACUUGGUUGGAACAUCGAAAUCGUUGGCAAAUAAUCAAUAUUAAUGAAGCUAUCAAUAAAUUUCGAGUUUGUCUUAAUGAUGAGAAAUUCCAAUAUCCUAAUGAUGUUAAAUUGGAGAUGAACAAGUUGACAAUGAAAUCUUUGGAAUUUGAAAAGCGAAAAGACAAUCUGGUCGAUGAAUUAUGUGAAAAUUUAAUACCAUCAAAUAAUAUGAAAGAAUUUCUCGAAAAAUGGGAUGUUAAAACCAAACAGUUAUUCACAGAAUGGGAUGAAAUGAAUCAAUCUAUUUUGAAUUCAAUUUACAAAGCUUAUGAAGAUAAUUCACAACAGUGUAUUGAUCAAAUUCAACAGAUGAAAGAACAAUUGAAUGAUGUUACAGAAAAUAAUUUAACUGAUACUUGUCAGUCAUCGUCAUCAUCAUCAUCAUCAACUCAAGUCAAGUCAAAAUCUGAGUGAUUUGCUUCUCUAUUUGUUUAUUUUGUAAACAGAUUAUUCAUUUAAUUUAAAUAAUUUCAAGUUUAUUUCAACGAAAAGUUGUUUGUUUUUUAGUUUUGUACAUUUCGAAAUGUGUUUUGGCGUUCAUAAUAAAUUUAUGUAAUCUGUUGAACGCUAUUGUUUCCUUGCUAUCAAUUAGAUUCCAAAUAAAAUCUUUC